AGAGUAGCCUCGACCUCGUUACAGCCAGAGAUUACAGAGUGCGUGAGGAGAAUCAUCGGGCACAUCUCGAAGUGGCUUACUGGUACUUUUUAAAGCUCACAAUAACACAUGUGCGCAGAAGGAAACAUUUUCGGGAUUUUGAUCUGAAGUGAAUAACAACAUUAUUUUAUUUGUUGGCCUAAUACUUUUCAACGUUAUUCUCGCAGUGAAAUCAGAGACGGGUCUGCCUUUUAUCCUUGGCAUUUCGGUGUCCUUGUGCGCAAUUGGACAUAAUUUUCAGAACCUGAAUUGGGAGUAAAUUUUUGGGAACGAACAAUAAUGUUACUGUCCAAAUUUGGCUCAUUUUCCCAUAUUUGCAGCACGUCCAACAUGGAUUUGCCAGUGAAAAUACAGCUUCAGCAGCAAGGUAUGGAAUUUCCCUACGUAAUUAUGUGACAUUAGGUUAUUUCCUAUAACGUUACAGCUCAGUUGGACCCACAUGAUAUGAAACGACUGCGUCAAUAAAUGGGCAUUAGUGGUAGCUAUUAUUGUAGGCUAUUACAGAAUCUUUUCCAAUAUAGUUUCGUGAUUAUUUGACAUGUCAGACAUUGGAGGAUUUGCCGGCAAGUCUGACCUUAAAUCUGGAGCCAUUUUGAAACCCUCGUGCUGGAGCGCAUUUUGUGCCUGAAGGUUGUUUGAGAUUGCAACUACAUUUAAAUUUAAAUUUAAUUAACAGUGAAGGUGGAGAAGGAGCCAUUCGAUAAAGUAUACCAGGUGGGAUCCGUACUAGGAAGCGGGGGAUUCGGUACGGUCUACGCCGGUAGUCGGAUUUCAGACUGUUUGCCGGUAAGGGGAACAUUUUAAACUGCUUUGUUUUGAUCGCACCACAUGGCCGCAAUGUUCGCUGCGUCCACUGAUGCGGUUCUCAUUAUCACUAUGCCUUUUUUUUUUAUUCCAGGUUGCUGUAAAACAUGUAGCCAAAGAGAGAGUUACGGAAUGGGGUACCCUUGUAAGUAUUAUAUCCUACGUGUUUUUGUAUUAUUUGAAUGUAGGUUAUUCCCGCAAAUUGUUGUUUGGGAUUACAUUGUAACCAUCUGCUAUUGUUUCAUUUAAAGAACGGUUCAUUGGUGCCUCUGGAGAUUCUGCUCUUGAAAAAGGUGGGCACCACUUUCCGAGGCGUUAUAAAGCUGAUUGAUUGGUACGAGCGACCCGAUGGCUGGUUAAUAAUCAUGGAACGACCGGAGACUGUCAAGGAUUUGUUUGACUAUAUAACCGAGAAGGGAGCUUUGGACGAAGACACAGCGCGUGGAUUUUUCCGUCAGGUCUUGGAAGCGGUACGACAUUGCUACAAUUGUGGAGUGGUCCAUAGGGACAUCAAAGAUGAGAACCUGCUCGUGGAUCUACGCAGCGGAGAACUCAAGCUCAUUGACUUUGGUUCAGGGGCGAUUCUCAAGGACACCGUUUACACAGACUUUGACGGUAGGUCCAUGGCGUGCAUUUCUUGACUUGUUGCAGUUUAACACAGUCAGUUGAUGAAUAUUGGCCAUUGCAAUUACCUUUUAACGUUCAAAGCAACCUGGAUGGUGAUGCAGCUUUUCCUCACACCUUGCUUAUAGCCUAUCCCACUAUUGGGGCCACAUUUAACACCAUUCAUAGUCCCCUAUCUUUUUUAAGGCUUUGGAAAUAUCUAUUGUAAAUCCUAGUUCAAUUGAAUUUGCUACUUUGUUAAACUAAAUGUUAAUAACAAUGUGUUUGUUACAUUAUUGCCUGCAGAUUCAUAGAAUGGGGGUAGAAACAUUGUUGCACACAGCACUUUUUAAAUGAUUGGCUACUUUAAAAAUGGUCAGCUGCCAUGUAACAUCUGUUUGUUGUGAAACCUGAGUCUUGGAUGCAUGUGAAGGCCCACAUCACGCUUCCUGUUUUUGUUUGGUAUCCAAGUUACUCGUGCCCUUGGGGGGGGGGGGGGGGGUCACAGUAAUGGGGAGGAAAAUGGUUCUUUGUUAUGGGGAGGACGUGUAGGGGUUAUUUCAAGAAACAAAACCAAUUAUUGUGGCCUAAAAUUAGCAGUUGCUGUGCGUCUGCUAAAUGACUGAAAUGUAUUUGGUCUUCCCCCUAGUAUUUUCUAGUCAGCCUCAGGCAGCACGCAGACAGUGUAGACACUGCAGGGGUGGGGGGAGGGAUCAGACUGGCUGGUGGGUUUUUCUAUGGGAAGAUCCUCUCUCCUUCUCAACCCAUUGGAGGACAAGGUCAGAGGGGCGGGACCUCUGGCUUUCUCAUCCAAUGGGUUUUGAGAAGGAGAAUAAGAGUAUGCAAUUGAGAACUUCAAGAGCUGUCAGCUGACUGAAAGCUCCUUUAUGGUGUUGCAGUCUGGUUCACAUCCAAGGAUGGGUUCAUUACACACAAGUGCAUUGUUUGCCUAUAUCUUUCUGUUUUAGGUUCAACUAUUAGUACCACAUUCUGAAAUGUAAAAUUGUCUUUGUCUUUUCCACCCUUUUCAGGCACAAGGGUAUACAGUCCACCAGAGUGGAUCCGAUUCCAUAGGUACCACGGACGGUCUGCAACGGUAUGGUCACUUGGCGUGCUGCUAUACGACAUGGUGUGUGGCGACAUACCCUUUGAACAAGAUGAGGAGAUCCUUGGGGGAUGCCUGUUUUUCAGGAGGAAAGUGUCUACUGGUACGCGUCUCACUCUGUCCUCCUGCUGCUGUCUCCUUUAGUUUACAUUGUAUGUCUGUCAACCUGCCUGCCUGUGUUGGUCCUCUCCGGUGGGUUUUCAGGUGUUAAACUUCUCAUUCUCUCGCUCUCUCCACAGAGUGUCAACAACUGAUCAAGUUGUGCCUCUGCCUCAGGCCCUCUGACAGACCCACACUGGAGCAGAUCUUUGACCACCCGUGGAUGCGUGUCCCAAUCGACGACUCAAAAAUGGAGAGUUGUGACAUCACGCUGCAUGCAAUUACCCCUGACUCCUCAUCAAGCACAAACUCAAGCAAAGAAAGCCUCUGAUUGGACAACCUUGUGUGAAGGGGACAUUUGCAGACCUGUGGACUUGUGGUUCCUCAGUCUCAAUAGGAGCGUGUUAACAGGACUUUUCGUUGGCAACUAUAAUUUAUGGUUUUCCUCUAACUCUGUCAUUGUUAUUUUGAGGAAAUGUUUCCUCACCUGGGAACUUGUUACUUGGGUGGUUUGACCAGCAUUCUUUUAUUUCAAGAUUUAUUUUUAGCUGGUUCAUGUUCUGUAACCCCCUUAUAUCCAGAUCUCCUGGCUGCUCUUAUAGAGCAUGAACUUUGUUUUUGUAUUUUCAUUGAUUUGGAGUGCCUUUUUUAAAAUAUUUUUUUGCUGCUUUGGUGUGGCUGUAGUCAUAUGAACCUUGCGUUGGGUCGUCUGCAUGAGAAAUACCUAACCAGAGUAACCCCAUCUCGCAAAGAACCAAUCCCAUGACAGGACCAUGUGAUGCAGGAUCCCACCCACCGUCAUGGUGGAAUACUUGAAACGCACACUCAUCCACACCACAAACUUUCUGCUGCUCUUUCACUGUAAAUGUCUGCACAGCUGUGCGGAAAUGGGGUUCAUCAUCUGUUUCUCUGAAUGUGUACCGAAAGCAUCAAAACCUCUCUCCCUCAAUGGCGUCGUAGGGUUUCAUACACUUGCGUUUCUGUACCCCAUCUCUGCUGACACUACACAGCCCCAAUAUUGGCUUGGCUGGGACCUGUGUGUGAAAUGCACAAUCAAUGCAAUAUUCAUGGACUUUUUCAUUUCUUCUUACUAUUAGUAUGUAUAUUUAUGUACAUUCUCCCAUGUAAAAUUAUUUAUUUGUACUAGACAUUCCACACUGUGGCUAUUUAUUUAUUUUAUCAAUUUAAGGAAAUCCCAGAAAUAAAAUUAUACAUGGCCUUUUUUGCAUUCCGGUAAUUUCUCAUUUAGAAAUCACAAUUGUUCUAUAUUGGUUAUCUAUUGAAAAAUAAGAACAAAACAAUUGAACUUGUGGUUGACCCAAUCUUAAAUCUCAUUAAUGCCUUCAAUGAGACUGAAAUGUGAGUUUAAAUUCAAAAUGGGUGAAAUAAUGAUGGGAGAUUAUUUUCAUACCAAAAUUUCAAAUAAACCUUUUGUAUAUUAA